AUGGCUGAGAUAUUUGAAUUAGAUUUAUCUGACAAUAGAGGUAUACCUAUUGAUGAUGCUGUUGAGAUGGAAGAAGAUUUUGAAUACAUUGAUGUAGCUGAUGGUCAAAUAGAAGCACCACCUCCAUCAUCAUCGUAUAUGGAGGAUCCAAAUUGUGUUGGAUUUGAGUUAGAUGCAGCUUCCGUUAAUCCACCAAAUACAAAAGUUGGUCCAGAAGAUUUUGAGUUACUCAAAGUACUUGGAAAAGGUGGUUAUGGAAAAGUGUUUCAAGUUAAAAAAACAUCAGGAGUAGAUAAAGGAAAAAUUUUUGCUAUGAAAGUUUUGAAGAAGGCAACUAUUGUUAAAAAUCAAAAAGAUACCGCACAUACAAAAGCUGAACGUAAUAUUCUAGAAGCAAUUAAGAGUUCUUUUAUUUGUGAACUUUUGUAUGCCUUUCAAACUGGCGGUAAACUUUACUUAAUUUUAGAAUAUUUAUCAGGUGGUGAACUUUUUAUGCACCUUGAAAGAGAAGGAAUUUUUAUGGAAGAUACAGCUUCAUUUUAUUUGUCAGAAAUUGUUAUUGCUUUGGAACAUUUACAUAAACAAGGAAUUAUUUAUCGUGAUUUAAAACCAGAAAACAUACUUCUUGACUCAAAAGGUCAUGUUAAAUUAACAGAUUUUGGAUUGUGUAAGGAAGCUAUUGAGGGUGAUCAAGUAACUCACACUUUUUGUGGUACAAUUGAAUAUAUGGCUCCAGAAAUUUUAAUGAGAUGUGGUCAUAAUAAAGCUGUAGAUUGGUGGAGUUUAGGAGCGCUUACUUUUGAUAUGCUUACAGGUGGUCCACCAUUUACAGGAGAAAAUCGUAAGAAAACUAUUGACAAAAUAUUAAAAGGAAGGUUAGCUCUACCUCCAUAUCUAAGCAUUGAAGCUCGUGAUUUAAUAAAGAGACUUUUAAAACGUAAUAUGGGAUCUCGUCUAGGGAGUUCACCUGAAGAUGCAGAAGAAAUCAAAGCACAUCCAUUUUUCAGACAUCUUGAUUGGCAAAUGGUAAAAAAUAGACAACUUGAACCACCAUUUAGGCCAACAAUUGUUAAUGAAGAAGAUACUUCUUUAUUUGAUACUAAAUUUACACAAAUGACUCCUGUAGAUUCGCCUUGUGAUACAACAAUUUCAAUGUCAGUUAAUCCAUUUGAAGGUUUUACUUAUGUUGCACCAUCUGUUCUUCAAAGUAAUGCUCCACCAAAGACUACUAGGUCUAGAAGACACUUGACAACACCUCAUGAUAGUUCCAGAACAGUCCAAACUUUGCCCACAAUUGCUUCUUCAAGUAAUUUAAAUGUUAGUUCAAAUUCAGGUCAUAUGCCAGCUUUAGGUGAAGAGUCAAUGGAAAUUGGGAACACACCAAGACAAAGUGAAUCUCAAAUUCCUUUACAUAAUGGUAUUCACAGUUUUGGGUUUGGUGGUUACAAUUCACAUAUGAGACACUAG